AUGACUUUCAUCGCUCUCUUCGCUGCACUUCCUAUUCUAAUCAGUGCGCUCCACAACCAUCCUUUGCCAGAGGAACGGCGAGCCUGCACCACCCAGGAAAUUACAUACAUUCCCGAUGAGUACGACGUGUACGAGAAACAAAUUGAGCUCUCUUUGGAUUCCGGAAUGAGUUUGAACCGUCAUCCUGUGACAAGAAUUUUGGCGGAAGAGUGUGGACUCAGAGAUAAAGUCUUUCCGACCCUCAGCCGACGCGACAAACGCUCUCCGAUUGCUCGUGGAAUCUUCCGUCUCUCAAAGUAUUUCCUCCACUUUUUCCAAAAAAGCAAACUAUUCCUCAAGCCAGAACUUUUGAAAGGUAUUGCCAAAGUAGUGGAAAAAUUGAAUCACGUCAAGACUUCGAUUGGGAAAGUCAAAUACGCUGGAAUCGGAAAUUUCUUCAUGAAAAUGUGGGAGGACGUUGAAGAGCUCAGAGCAGAGGAGAAGGAUGCUCAUAUGGAUGUUAUUCUGGAACAAACUCUGCGAACUAGCCUUCAGUUACUGAUUAAUCAUGGAAUCAUCUCCGACAUGCUUCUCCAUCACCCAAUUAUUCUAGAGGAAAUCAAGGGACUGCUUCUAGUGGACAAUGAGAAACUCCUUUCUGAAGUAACUGCUACAAACGUGAUGUGUCAUCAGUCUCAUCGAGAUUCGCAAGUUGUUAUUUACUUAAAGUUGAAGAUUCCGAAGGUUGCAAGAAUCACAAUUGAAAAGUGUGACGACAUUGGAAAAAUGGUCGACGGAACUUAUCAGUACUACACGCUGCCAAAGGCAACAUUCAAGAAAAAUGGUCAUAUUUUCAAGGUAGACAUCGAGUGGUGCUUCUUUGAGCAUUUCACCUACUGCCCAACCCAAGCUAUCCGUCCGACUGAUUGCUCCAAAGAAAAAUUGCAACGUUGUGAGCUGAGAAUGGAGCAGAAGUCUGAUUUUGAUAGAGAGCUCCAGAAUGGAUUCGCAGUCUACGGAGAUUUUACGCAAAUUCUAACCGAAAAAGACAGUCUCCAAUCCCGGUACCUUGUGAAACCUCGUGUACUCUACCACAUCGUCCCGAAAUUCGAUGAGACUCUCUUCAUUGGAGGGAAGGAAUUAAAACAGAUGACUCAAUCGAAAGAAACUAUCAUCCGUCCAAUCAAGCCCUGA